GCAGCAGCUGCCGGUGGCCAGGGGUGCCAGCGCCCGCGCGGGGUGGCGGAGCGGUGGGGCGGGGCCGCGGCCCGUGGCCCCGGGAGAGCCGCAGGCAGCAUGGCGGGGCUGCGGGCCAGGCGGGGCUCCGGGCUCCGGCUGCUGGCGCUGACCACUCUUGGCUUCUGCCUAAUGCUGCAAGUCGGUGCCAAGAGGCCCCCCAAGACGCCCCCCUGCCCUCCCAGCUGCUCCUGCACCAGAGACACCGCCUUCUGCGUGGACUCUAAGGCAGUGCCCAGGCACCUGCCCUCCGAGGUCAUCUCUCUGACGCUGGUGAAUGCUGCCUUCUCAGAGAUCCAGGACGGAGCAUUUUCCCACCUGCCACUGCUGCAGUUCCUGUUACUCAACUCCAAUAAGUUUACUCUGAUCGGAGACAACGCCUUCACAGGACUGUCGCACCUGCAGUACCUCUUCAUUGAGAACAAUGACAUCUGGGCACUAUCCAAGUUCACCUUCAGAGGACUGAAGUCUCUGACCCACCUCUCACUGGCCAACAAUAACCUGCAGACACUGCCUAGAGACAUCUUUCGGCCCCUGGAUAUCCUGAGUGACUUGGACCUGCGAGGCAACUCACUCAACUGUGACUGCAAGGUGAAGUGGCUGGUGGAGUGGCUGGCGCACACCAACACCACGGUGGCCCCCAUCUACUGCGCCAGCCCGCCCCGCUUCCAAGAGCAUAAGGUGCAGGAUUUGCCUCUGCGGGAGUUUGACUGCAUCACCACCGAUUUCGUGCUGUACCAGACCCUGCCCUUCCCAGCAGUGUCCGCCGAGCCCUUCCUUUACUCCAGCGACCUCUAUUUGGCUCUGGCCCAGCCAGGUGCCAGUGCUUGCACUGUCCUCAAGUGGGACUAUGUUGAACGGCAGCUUCGAGACUAUGAUAGAAUCCCAGCCCCCUCUGCAGUGCACUGCAAGCCAAUGGUGGUGGACAGCCAGCUGUAUGUGGUUGUGGCCCAGCUGUUUGGCGGCUCUUACAUUUACCACUGGGACCCCAACACCACGCGCUUCACCAAGCUGCAGGACAUCGACCCGCAGCGCGUGCGCAAGCCCAAUGACCUAGAGGCCUUCCGCAUCGACGGUGACUGGUACUUUGCCGUGGCCGACAGCUCCAAGGCGGGCGCCACCAGCCUCUACCGCUGGCACCAGAAUGGCUUCUACUCCCACCAGGCCCUGCACGCCUGGCACCGCGAUACCGACCUGGAGUUUGUAGACGGCGAGGGCAAGCCACGGCUGAUUGUGUCUAGCAGCUCCCAGGCGCCUGUCAUCUAUCAGUGGAGUCGCACCCAGAAGCAGUUUGUGGCCCAGGGUGAGGUGGCCCAGGUGCCUGACGCCCAGGCUGUGAAACACUUCCGCGCCGGCCGCGACAGCUACCUGUGUCUCAGCCGCUACAUUGGCGACUCCAAGAUCCUGCGCUGGGAGGGCACGCGCUUCUCCGAGGUGCAGGCCCUGCCCUCCCGGGGCUCGCUGGCCCUGCAGCCCUUUCUCGUGGGUGGCCGCCGCUACCUGGCACUGGGCAGCGACUUCUCCUUCACACAGAUCUACCAGUGGGAUGAUGGGCGACAGAAGUUUGUGCGGUUCCAGGAGCUGGCUGUGCAGGCCCCUCGGGCCUUCUGCUACAUGCCUGCUGGAGACGCUCAGCUCCUCCUGGCCCCCAGCUUCAAGGGGCAGACGCUUGUGUACCGACAUGUCGUGGUGGAUCUCAGUGCCUAGGGGGUGCUGAGGCGUCUGGGUUCCUCGAGCAGCCGCUGGAGGCUGGGUGGGAGCCUCUGUGUGAGCAGCAUGUGUGCCAGUGUGAAGACACGUGUAGCCAACCUGCAUAGGUGCCCUCACGUACGUACACUCCGGUGAGCAUGGGCACACACCGUGGACUAGCCCAGGGGAGCCACUUAUCGUAGUUGUAAUCAGCAUGAAGACUCGUAUAUGCACCAGGCAACCCAGCACCUGGUGCCCUCCCAUAUGUGGACACCUCUUGACCCCACACUCCAUCUGCAGGCCUGCCUCGCUCUGCUGCCUUCCACACGCUCUGGCCCUGGGGGCAGGGUGCUGAGAGGGAGGCUGAACUUCCCCCUCCUGUUCUCCAGCUUAUUAUUCUGACUCUCUGGUCUUUCCUGUUGGUGCUCUAGGUGUCUGUGUACCUGCUCAUGCUCCACAUUGCAGCCCACAGCCACAUCCUUCAUACUGCUGCGUGCACUGACCCAUGCUACGCUCCUUCUGCGUGCACAUGUGGACACUGACGGCCACCCUCAGGCACAUGCACACACACCUGUCUACACUCCUGUUUUCACGUGCACACAUGCAGAUUCAGCACUGCCUGAAGCUUCCCCUCUGUUACCUUGCCUGUCUUCUUAGAGGAGCACACAGUACCCGUCCUCCUAUGCUCACCCCUGGUGUGCCCGCCCUGCGGCUGACACAGAUGGGAAUGGUGAUGCCAGCUUCUGUGCACCAGCUUGACCUCUGCCUGAAGCCCCAGAUCCCCUGGCUACUUCCCAGUGCUGGCUCUGUUCUCACCGGAGUUCCCUUCCUGACCCUGAAUUGGGCUCGCCCGUGUAUAGGAGACCACCCAGAUGAAAACCUUUCUGCUCUUCUUUUCUCUAGCUGCCCCAGCCUCGGACCACUCCCUGGUUCAGCCCCAUGUUUGGGCUGUGGACCCUGAACUGUCCUGGCUCCUUUGGGUGUGUUCAAGAGCUGGCUGAGCCAGGGACCCUGCAAGCACCUGAGCCAUCAGGGCAGGUGCCGGGAGUGCAGCUGGGCUGGAGAGCAUCUUGGGGGCCCUGGGACCUCUCUAAUCCACAGAGGCACACCCCAGGAGCACUGCCUUUCAGUGCAAGCUGAGUGGUGGAGGGGAUGAAGGUCCUAUGGGAGUGGCACCUGGGAGCCAAGCUUCUGCUGCCCUCUGCUGUAUGCUGGGAAUAGACAGCUCUGAGAUGCAAGGCUGCUGGAGAAGGCAUGGGGUAGGCAAGCUCUUCCCUGUGUCCAGACUGUGUGAGGGCCGCCUGGUGGUAGGAUGCCUAGGGGCAUUGGUGGGCAAUGCCAUGAUUCACUUGCUUCGAAUAAAAAGUUCCCACCCCAUUGCUGGCUCUCAGAUGUCCAAUGGUGAUGGUCAGCCGCAGCUGUUGCAUUAAGAACAGAGCCAGGGCUGUGCUAUCCUUGUUGCUGGCAGGGGCCCUGCAUCAGUUUUCAGACCCCCUUCCUCCCUGCUCCCUUCCCUCCAAGGAGUGAGUGAUAACCCCCAAGGUCAGCAGGUGCUGGGGUCAGGAGUUCAUGGUGAUGACACUCAGGUGCUGGGUGAGUGUGACUCGUCUCCACCACCUGGGGCUGACUCACGGCCCAAGUGUUCCUUCCUGGAGAUCACAGUCUUGGGUCCCACUGAGACUGGAGUCUGUGCCUCUGUCAGGUCAACUCCAACCAAUAUGACCCAAGAUAAGCGCAGCAGUCCCUGCCGCCCCCCAUCCCACUGGGCAGAUGUCUGUCACUGCCACCACCCUCUGCCCUAGGGAUGAGAUUUCAAGCACGUCGACGCAUUUCUGGAGCCUCAGCUGCUACUUCUGGAAAGCAGAUAA